UAGUUUAAUUAGAAUAGACGCUGUAUUCAUCGACUUCGCAAAAGCGAAUGAUAAGGUGACUCAUAGUCGUCUCAUAGUGAUAAUGGAUGAACUUCACAUAAGCAGGAAUGUGAUGAACUGAAUCGUUAAUUUUCUAGGUAAGUGACGGAAGUUGGUUUCUGCUAAUGAAUCUUGAUCCGCACUGAAACAUGUAAAUUAUAAUUGGCCUCAGGGAUCGGUGCUUGAGCCUGCCCCGUUCAGUAUUUACAUUGUUAUAGGCAAUGAGCUCACUUCCACUGUCAGGUUAUUUGCCGAAGGCUGUGUUAUUUACAGAAAGAUUAAUCCUGAUAGUACUAAUUUCCCGCAGUCGGACCUUGAUGAACUCGUUAAGUGGUGCGAGAAAUGGCAGAUGGCGAUAAACAUCUCCAAAACAAAAGCCAGGACGUUUACCACGACCACUGUAACCUUAACUUUCUUUUGCUCUAUUAAUAACGUCGCCAUUGAAAAUGUGUCCGCAAUAAAAUGUCUAGGCGUCCACACUUCUUCGGACCUGACGUGGCACCAGCACAUCGAUUAUAUAGAUAGCAGAGACUCAAGAACCCUCGGUUUUUUUUUUAGGCGCCACUUGUACUCCUCAAACCAAGUGACUAAAUUUUCUCAUACGUUACUUUCGUUAGACCGCAACUAGAAUACGUGGCUAUCAUUUGGAGUCGGCAUUAAGAAUACCUUACCAACAAGCUCUAACCGUUACAGGAUGAGACUCGGAAUUGUCACAAAAAUAUAUUCUCGUUACUAAUGCAUAACGACGUUAAAUCAUCUCUAAAUUUAUGCAUGCUCGAAGAAGCCUUGUUACGGUACAAUCUCACUUUUUCCGACUAUAUCAUAAGCCCUCGACAUUUGCAGAAGUCCAUACAAAACCGACUAUUCGUAUUUUUCCCUGAUUAAGUCACCCUUUUAAGGUACAGCCACAUAGUUCGUCCGUACUAAAGUUAUGCAUCAGUCACGCUUCCUUGCCAUCUACGAUUGGAACAAAGUGCCCGCUGAAAUUGCUUCCGAGAACAAUCACGAUGAUUUUGUUAAUAAACUGAAGUGCUAAAGCAUACUGCACGCAAUAGGGUUUUGAGGACCUUUAGUUUUAUCUUAUAUUUCCAUCUUUUAUUUGUAUAUCUCAAUUUCGUAUAUGUAAUCGUGUAUCUUGUAUUACUUGCGCUGCUAUGUAUAUUGUUCAUUCAUUGCGCUUUUUCAACGCCCUAUGCAAUACUUGUAAACGUGCCUUCAGCUUACGUUAACAAGAAAAAGGAUAACUCUCAUUGAUGGGCGGACGGCCAUUGGCUCGGGAGAGCAACAUCUAGGGCGACCACUUUCGUAGGCUAUCACACCAGCUCUGUAACAGUAUGCUGAGUAUACUGCCGAAAGCGUUUUUCGCCUUGUGCUAAGAUCGCCAUCUGUUGGUGCACAGAAUAGUUAAAGGUGUCGUGUCCUCAUGCCUUUCACCCUGUUGCUCACACACGCGUGCUAUGUCUUUUAUUUUUCAUUGGUGCCGAGAACGAAUGGCACGAGAUCGACAUGUUCGUGCCGUGCACUCUUCGGUCGGGCAAAGACGAUGCUGGCCUUUCCUGCGUCAUCACCGUGUCAAGUAUGGGAGGCAGCACGGUGGCCUGCUAUUCGAGUCAAGCAAGCAAGGCCAUCGCCAUCGCUCUUGGUUCAAACAACGCGGAGGCGGACAGACGGACCACAUUCGGCUUCCUAGAAGACGAGGAUCAGGAUCUGCGUCGGAAGAAGUACAGUGCCUGACUAUACCAGCCGUACCAACAAGAUGUUCUUGCGUACCUGUAUUUUGCUGCCGGCCCUGUGGAGCUCGCGGCCAGUUCAAGUUCGGUAAUGUCAACUUGGUGGCCACCAUAAGGGGCCUGGUGUCUUGCUACGCACCCUGCAGACCUGCGGUUCUAGAGGUGACUUGCCCUGCCGGCGGUCCUGGUGUCCAGAUGUUCUUGCGUACCUGUAUUUUGCUGCCGGUUCUGUGGAGGUCGUGGCCAGAUAAAGUCCGGCUCUGUCAACCUGGUGGCCACCAUAAUGUGCUUGGUGCCUUCCUACGCACACGGCAGACCUGCGGUUCUAAGGGUGACUUGCCUGCCCUGUGGUCCUGGUGGCCAGAUGUUCUUGCGUACCUGUAUUGCCGGCCCUGUGGAGCUCGUGGCCAGCUAAAGUCCGGCCCUGUCAACCUGGUGUUCACCACGUGGGGUGUGGUGUCUUGCAACGCACCCUGCAAACCUGGUGAUCACCUGUCCUUGUGCGCCCUGGUGUAUUGUUAUCCGAGCAGCAGAUGAGGCGAUGCUGGCCUUUCGUGCAUCGUAACCGCGACCAGCGUGGGUGGCAGCAUGGUGACCGACUAUAGUAGCCAGACUAGCAAGACCUCUUGGCCAGCUGUUCUAUAGGCCUGGUGACUUGCCCACCCUGACGACCUGGUGGCCAGCUGUUCUAGCGACCAAGUAUCAUUUUGUCCGCUCGGCGCACCCCGUGGCAAGAUCUUCUAGCGGCCAGAUGUCCUGCGGAUCUUGUGGCUAGCUGUUAUAGCGACCAGUUCUGGCGACCUGGUGUCUUGCCGCUUGCCCGGACCUGGUGGCCAGCUGCUCAACCGACUUUGUAUGCUGCUGAAGAAAAGAUUGGCUGGGCGGUGUAGAAUCACAGGAGGCGAAAUUCUUUUUCUAUCACAAUUUCUUUGUAAAAGCGGAUGGUUGGGCCUCGCUAGAGGGCGCAACGUGGCCAGAAGGAAGCGCGAGAGAAGAUGGCUUCACCUGCGCGGUGAAGCCGGAGCGCGUCCGCCACGUCGGCCACAGCCUGGGUGCCCAGACGGGACACUUCUUCGGCGAAGGACGUCACGCAGCUCACGGGAAGCCUCGUCGGACCCGUCACCGGUGAAGCACAGACCAAGGCGGGCCGCGUCCACGUCGGCACCGCCAGGCCGAGCCUUAUGGCGUCAUCGUGGACCCUCUGGACAGCCCGUAGCUGAUCUUUAUAUGAAGAGCUUGCCAUCAACUUGUGCCGUUGCGGAGCAGCGUGCUCACUGGAAGUGGCGAUUAUGGCGAGCAUGUCUCCACCACGGAGUUCGAACGGCUGUCCCUCGACCAGGAACAAGUUGGUAUGUGGUCCGCUGCACAGCCGCUGACCCAGCCUCGAGUGGUCCUGCUCAAACGUCAGCUCUGGAAUCUGUGUAAAAGCGGCCACGUUUAUGUUCACGAUGAAGUGGCCAUCGGCACCAUUGCCCACAAAUAUGGACAACGCGUUGUUUCGUGCGCGCACACACACGCGCACACGCAUACGCGCACACACGCAUACGAACACGCAUACGCACACACGCACACACACACAGACACAGGAAACAGCGCUGGCCAUGAGGCCAGAAGACGACAAUGACGACGUGUAAUGCCGGUGACAUGCACGAUGACUGUCAUGUCAAGUGCCGUGAGCUGAACUAAUUUAGUGUUGCCAGGGGCAGUUCCUGGUUAGUCUAAGGAGAGCUGGAGGUGGGGCCGUGGGAGGAGAGAUCAUCGAAAUACAGCACGUAUAGGACCGGGGCUUACCUAGCUGUCCAAUUGGUAAAGGUAUAGGAAAGACAAGCAGUAGAAUGUUCGUUGAACGCCGUAGUUGGGAUGGAUAGCUGGUGGAACGGAAAACUAGACGAAAUUUCAGAAAAGUGUGUCUAAGCAUAACGCGACUGCCCCGCCUUCUUCUGCCUAGGAACGCACUUCUACCGUCCUUGUCGUUCGCUGUACGUCCGUUCUGUACGUCCGCUGUACGUCCGUACGUCCGUGGACGUACGUCCACCUAACAUGACGUAGCCUAACAUAAGGUUAACCUGCUCUAAUUAACCCCAGGCUUUUGUUGUGUGUUCUGGCGCUGGAUUCAGCGUGGAAAAUUAUUCAUCAAGUAUGAAGUAUUAGCGCAUAAGGGCAGGCCCGGUUUACCUGAGCACGUUUAAGUGUUCCAAGUUGCCCGCUGCGCGCAGUAGCAUCAGCUGCGCAUCGCCGUUACGAAGGGCGGGAGCGGAAAAAGGAAGGGAGCAAUGUAUAGCAAGUUUCCACGCUGCCGCUGCCGAAGCACCAAUAGGCAUCGUUUGCAUGAUACUGACGGCGCAAACUAAUAAACGUGUGGCAUUCUUCGCAUCUCUUACUACCAACUGCGUUCGUAGACGAAAGAUGGCGGGGCUGUUGUGAUCUAUUGUAAAACGCGCAAUGUGAGUGUGGUUACUAUAGGCUCGUCAAGCUGGUGCAGCGAAGUCUGCCGAGGCAACCAGCCUGGAGUGGACUGUCGGAGUUUCGCUUGGUUGAAAGCUAGUUGAGUGUCCAUAGCAAUAGAAAUUAGCGAGACAAAAGGACUACAAAACUGGUAAUCGGUGUGCCCAGUGUUGCAUUCCUGCACGAGCGUUUGCUGGAAGUACGUAAUUUCUCUGAAGUUUAAAAUGAACUGUUUCGCCUACUUCAGCCUCUUUAUUAAAUUGCUUCGAUAAAUAUAGACAGUAGCAGGAGAAAAAAAAACGGCUUUAAUUCAAGCACCCUUGUUGAUGUUCCGCUACUGACCGCGUAUGGGUAUCUUUUAUUUGACCAAAUAAGGCAGCCCGAAAACAGUGAAAAUAAUGUUUCUAUUGAAAAUCACGUUUGAGAAAAAGGUGAUCUCGCACUACGUUUGUGAGUUCCACCCGCCGCACAGCAGUGCAAAAUUUUUGAGAGAUUCGCAAGAGUGUUUGUUAUCCGCAUAGUGUUUUCACCAAGCCACCAAGGUGGUUAAGGAGCUUUUUAACCCUGUAAUGCCUAACGCACUUUCUCUAUACUGCGCUGUUUGAGGCGGCAAAGUUCGAAUUAUCGCGAGUGAAAAACAAGUAGCGACAGUAUUAGGCUGGAGCCCAUUCUAGUUAUUGAAUAGCUUAAGAUUUCAAUUGUUAUGUUGAUUGUUAAUUAUCUUCGCUCAUACAUAGUGUGUCUAGUGCAAAUGUACCCUCCAUGGCGAAAAAUAAAGGUGGAAAAAUUC